AUAAAAAAAAUCUUUCAGUGAUAAUAUAUCUUAUCGUGAGAGGUAUUUUGUGAAUUUAGAAGAAAAAAUAGAAAAAAUAAAGAAUUAAAAUAGAAAAGCUAAUCACUUUGUGUUCGAAAGCAGAAAAAGAAAAAUACAAAAAAAAAAAGAAAUAGAAAAACACGCACAUUGGAUAACACAAUUCUGAAAAACAUCAACUGAAAGUAGCAGACUUAGCAGACUCAUACAAAAAUAUUUCAAGAGCUCUCUUGGUGGUCUCUUUGAUAAUUGAAAACAUAACCAAUUAAUUAGGAUUUUCAAGAAUCCAAAAACCACUGGCUACGGACAGAAAAUUCCUCCGCUACACCACCACACUACAUCAACGAAAGAAAUCAAAAGUGGUGUGUAUCUAAACAAUGAAUGCAAAACAACACCUCCUCGACUGAAAAACCACACCAAAAAAAAAAAAAAAAGAGAGUCAAAACAUCCAUAACUUUCCAAAAGGUUAUCAUGAGACUACUACCACUACAACAGGUUGUUACGAAGCACUGACACGACAAUAUUCAAACAUACAAAAUGAACUUCUGGAAUGCAAAUGAAUUUAUCGUCACCAACACCAGAUAGUACAAUCUAGAAGAAGAAACCAACUUGUAGCUUCCUCUAAAAAGACACAAACAAAACGCAUAAAAAAAACAUCUACAACAAGCUUCCAAACAACAAAAACUACUACCACCACAAUUAUCGCCACCACCGAAUAAUAAACAUCAAUUAGAAGAACAACUCUUAUGCACAUUGUUCCUUCAUCUAAGCUGUUCAAGAGGAUCAAGUGCAAAAUGAAAACCUACUAUUCUAUUGUGGAGCAGCUUCUUAGUUUUUAUGUCCUUUUAGAAAAUAGUAGAAUAAGUCUAUGUAGGUUUUAAUUUAUACAAUAGGUGGUAUUUUAAUUUGGACUAUAUAAUUUUUAAGUAAGACCCUAUACCACACAAAAAAACAGACCCAAGGUAAUACGUGGUUUAGGCAACCAUCCAUAUUUAAGCUGAUGAUUGACUUUAAUAUAACCAGCAGUUUCUACCAAAGUGCUGAAACUCCAUUUGGUGAGCCUAGUCGGUUAAUUGUGGAAUAUGUCGACGCGGUGACAGGUGGUGAGACCUCAACAACUGCAACUUCUGCACCAAUUUUUGCAACGAAAUUCCUAAAUCUCACUUUCAGUAGUGGCCUGUUUCCCAGUGAUUUUGGACUGAUAAAUUUUACAAAUUUAAACAAUUCCUACAUUGAGAAUGACGAUGAUGAUGAUUGGUCUAAAUGUAAAGACGAAUACAAUCCGGCUUCGAGCCUUAACCGACUUGAAUUCUGGGUAUGCGGAGUCAUACUCAAUCUAGUCGGGAUCCUGGGUAUUCUGGGAAAUAUCCUUUCGAUGGUGAUUUUAUCACGACCUCAAAUGCGUUCUAGCAUUAAUUAUCUACUGAUAGGUCUAGCACGGUGUGAUACCGUACUAAUUAUUACGUCGAUGCUUUUGUUCGGAAUACCCUCGAUAUACCCGUAUACGGGUUACCUCUUCUACUACUAUUAUUACAUCUAUCCGAAUAUUUCACCGUGUGUAUUCCCCAUUGCCAUGGCCAUGCAAACGGCUAGUGUGUACAUGACUUUUACGGUAACGCUAGAGCGUUACGUCGCCGUCUGUCACCCUUUGAAAGCCAGGGCCCUUUGUACCUAUGGCCGGGCAAAGAUCUACUUUAUAGGUUGUAUAGUUUUUGCGGUCUUCUAUAACCUGCCGAGGUUCUGGGAAGUCGUCGUACUGGCGUACACACCGCCCGGUACCAAUGAUGUGAUAUAUUGCGUUCGACCAUCAAAAUUACGACAGGACACUGAUUACAUCAAUGUCUAUGUCCAUUGGUGCUAUUUGGUGGUAAACUAUUUCAUACCGUUCCUCAAUCUAGCCGUACUCAAUUGUUUAAUUUAUCGGCAGAUCAAGCUGGCAAAUCGUGAGCGACAGCGAUUAAGUCGCACUGAAAAACGUGAAAUCGGACUGGCAACAAUGUUGUUGUGUGUUGUGGUUGUGUUCUUUUUGUUGAAUUUCCUUGCCCUGUACAAUAAUAUCCAAGAGGCAUUCUAUGGAUUUAUCGAUGAUAAUCUGAUAAAGAUAUCUAAUUUAUUGGUAACUAUUAAUAGUAGUGCUAAUUUUAUAAUCUAUGUGAUAUUUGGUGAGAAGUUUAAACGUAUUUUCCUGUUGAUAUUUUUCAAACGUCGUUUGAGUCGAGAUCAACCGGAUCUGAUACAUUAUGAGAGUUCGAUAUCGAAUGGGGAUGGAACGACUAGGUGUUCGGGGAGAUUUUCACGUCAUGGUACUCAACGGAGUAUGACGAGGAAUGGGUCGACUUUGAAUAGUGUUCGGUUGACUACGGGUGCUUCGGGGACGGUUAAGAUUAAGAGGAAUCGUGCACCGUCACCGGGGCCGUGUGUUUAUUAUCCGGCAAGGGAUAUUCAACGGUGUGCAAUGAGUACGACGACUACAGUACUCACUUCGGAAACCUCAUUGAACUGUGAUUGGGAUGCGAAGAACGGGCAGAUGACGUCGGCUUUCUGAAAUACGGCCUGUGUGCUUGCACACUUUAAUUCGGCGACCCUUUAGCGUCAGAAGGGAGAAUUUAAUAUGAUAUAUCCUCGGUGUGGUGCUGAGAUAAGGUGAAGUAGAUAGAAAGAUCGGAAGGGGUUUGAAUUGAUAAGGGAAUAAGAGGGGAAAGUGGGAAAGAAGAAAACAAAAUUUGGCCUUAGUAAAAGUUCCUAAAUUAAACGUGAAAAAUUGAUCGUUUUGUUUUUUUUUUUUUUGUAGAUAAUAAACUUUUCUGCAAAUACUGUAAACUUUUCAAGUUCAAUCUCGAUUUGCCGGCGGAAUUAAAGGAACCAAAAAAUGAGUUCAGAGACCAGGAAAAUUGGGUGGUAGAUACCAAAACUAUUGGAUAAGACUUUAAAUUACUACUGAAUACAUAAUUAAACCAAACAUAUCGGAAUACGUUUCCGGAAAGAUUAGUUUCCGAAAAAAAAAACACUAUCGAGGCAAUAGAGUUCUAAUGCAGAUACGGGUAGAACUAAACUUAAAUUUUCCUAUAAGUUGGUUAAAGGCUCCGAAAAAAUCAGUUACGGUAGCAAAAUAUCGGAAGACGUCUUGAUUAAGAAGUUGCAAGUAAUAAUUGAACGGAACAAAAAUUGAAGGCACCGAUAAAAUGGUAAUGAGCUUUGAAUAAAUCGGUUACAGCAGCAAGAUAUUGGAAGACGUUAAUUUAAUCUGUCGAAACAGUGAAAAUAUCAGAAGAAGCUGCCGAAAUUACGGUUAAAAGUCAAUUCAGGUUGAAAAGUCCUAAUCGGAAGAUGGCUACAAAAUUUUUCUAAAGAUCAAAAAAUGAGUAAGGGCUACGAAUAUAUUAGUUAUGGCAAAAAUAUCGGCACCAAAGAUAUUGGUUAACGUUGCUUGGAAAUUCCUAGUAAAAACUGACUUCUAACUAACUAACCGAGAAAAAAAAUGUAUGGCAUCGAAAUUCGAUGAUGAAUAAGCUAUUGAGAGUUUCGAAAAUAUCGGUUGAUACUAUUCGAAAAUCCA